CAUCUCAGAUCGUAGUGAGACGACACGAUGGCGCAGCGCCCGCGCCGCUUCUACUUUGGCCUCCUCGCGCUCCUCUGUCUCAUCGUGGCUGCGUACAGCGUCUUUACGUGGGAGAUGGUCAACCUGCCGUGGCUUCAUGGCGCCAAAGGCCAAGACUUGGCGCAUCUUCGGCGCCACAACGAGUCGAGCGGCCACGGAAUCGCCACUGCAACUGGGGCUGAUAACGUCACGCGUCUGCCCAAUGCGACCCUCAAGCUCCACGCAACGGGUCCGGUCGACGUCACGCGUGAGCCCAGUUCGAGCCCCGUACUCCACACGACCAAGGGCAUUGACGCAACAACAGCGACCCCGCCGUAUGACCUCUUCGGGGAUGUAGUGCACCUCAACAACCUCAACGAAGCCUGCUUCCAUGCCAACGACAGUAUCGUUCACUGGUCGUACAACAGCACCGAGGUCGACCUCGCCCAGCUCUGGACCCGCGACAAGACGCCACAAAACGAGCUCAUUGAGCACCUCGCGCAGUGCCCCGAGGUCGAUGUCUUCCUCCCCGCCGGCCUGCGCGACCACGGGUACUGCGAAGACGGUAUGGCGUACGUCAAGUUUCUCAAGACGCGCGCGCUGCCGCUCUGGGUCUUUGAUUUGCGCUUCAACUACCAAGGCAAAGCCGAAAAAACAUAAACUAUUUCGACUUGUGCCCAAACACGGCGCUGCUCUUUAUGAACCACUACACCGAAGGCCUCAUGGACCGCGACGACUUUCCAUCGGACAAGGUGAUUGUCAAUAUGCCCAACGUGGAAAUGUUUGAGCUCAAGGGCAAAGACUACCACCGCUUCGACGUCGUCCUCUGCAAGACGCGCGACGGCUACGACCGCCUCUCGCGCUGGUACAAGGACAACGGAAACCCACGCAACACGACACUGCUCUACGUCCAGCACACAUCGUCCGACCCGUCGACGGUGGCCAUUACGCAUGCGAUGGCGCACCCGGAGC